AUGCUGAGUAGCAAGACCCAGGUCUUCUCCUGGAUCUGUGCUUGCCUCAGCCAGACCUACAACAAAUACAUGUCAUUUUCUGCAGAACCGUACCCUGCCCCAAAGUCUACUUCAAAGUCUACUUACAACGGCCAAUACUUUGACACUAUUGAUGAACUAGUGACUCAGUACAACAAGGGGUCUGUGCGGAAGAUCCAAAGGACGGAUUCGGACCCCAACUACGCCUCGCUGAGACCUCGCCAGAAGUUUCAAACCUACGGCCCCCUCCAGUUCGAGCCACAGGGACCAAGAUACCACGUUGUAAACAACCACGUUCGCUACUUUGACUGGGAGUUCGCGUUCCGCCACAGUCCCGCCAGCGGUUUACAGCUGUUUAAUAUCCGCUUCAGGAAGGAGCGGGUGGUCUACGAGUUGAGCGUCCAGGAGGUGAACUCCGUUUACGGCGGAGAGACGCCAGCUCUGAUGAGGACCAAGUUCUUGGACAGUCAUUAUGGAUUUGGGAAAAGUUCCAAUGAGCUGGUGAAAGGCGUGGACUGCCCUUACAGCGCCACUUUCCUCCACACUCUCCAUCUCAUGGAUAGCGACCAACCGAAGCGGAUCAGGAACUCCAUUUGUAUCUUUGAGCAAAAUCGGGAGAUUCCUCUGAGACGCCACUUCUCCAGCUGGUUCAUGACCCCAUCUUACGGCGCGUUACUGGAUAACGUGCUGGUUGUGCGAUCAGUGGCGACUGUGGGCAACUAUGAUUACAUCUUUAAUUUCGUCUUCCACAACAAUGGGGUGAUUGAGACCAAGGUAUCUCCCACGGGCUACGCUCUAACCUCAUUUACUUCCGAAGGUGCAAGUCAGUACGGAACAAAACUUGGAGAGAACGUUGUGGGCAACGUUCACACUCACUUCUUCCACUUCAAGGCUGACCUGGAUAUAUUGGGUACAUCUAACUCUUUUGAAACUAAAGAUGUGGAAUAUCAACUUAAAUCAGUCCCAUGGAAGCCUGACGAGAAGGUGCAUGUACCCAGUGUGAUAAGCAGGAUCUUAGAUACGGAGAAUGAAGCAGCCUUCAGAUCUGGAGCAAAAUUGCCCAAAUACCUGAACUUUGUCAAUUUGGCUCAGAAAAAUAAGUGGGGCUAUUAUCGAGGUUACAGGCUUCAGGUGGUGAGCUUCAAUCCUGACAGUGUGCCUGAAGACAGUCCAGAUGAAAAAGGCAUCUCCUGGCAAAGAUACCAGUUGGCAGUGACAAAGAGCAAAGAUAACGAGCGAAAGAGCAGCAGCAUCUACAAUCAGAACAGCAUGUGGAAACCACCUGUUUACUUUGCUGACUUCAUUAACAAUGAAAGCAUUAGGAAUGAGGACCUGGUGGCCUGGAUAACAGCUGGAUUCCUCCACAUUCCCCACGCAGAAGAUGUUCCAAAUACUGCCACAUCUGGAAAUGAAAUAGGCUUCAUUCUGAAACCACUCAACUAUUUUAACCACGAUCCCUCUGUUUACUCUCAAGACGCUAUUUACAUCGAUCCAGCCAAUCCGGGAUGUGAGGAUAAUCCCAUAGCGUGUCUGUCUGACGUUGCAUCCUGUAGUCCAAACUUCCCAGAAUUUACCUACGGGGAAAACAAUGAACAUUAACUGAAUUGCGUUCAAUGUGACUCCAUUACAGUGAGUCCCAACCUGUCACUGACCACUACUUUCAACUAAGCAUUCUGAAAUAAUAAUUAUUAGAUCUAAUGGUCUGCAUGGAAUCUUUCCAGGCAGGAUAAAUAUCACAUCUCAUUUAUAGAGUUAUAGAGUCAUAGCCCAUUAUCAUCUAAACCUUUACUAUCCAUGUACUUGUAUAAAUAUGUUUUACGCAUUGUAAUUCCACCCAUCUCUACAGCUUAUACUCACCUUCCUUUGUAUGUAAGCGUUGCACCUCAGCGCUCUUCUAAACCUUUCCCCUCUCUCCUUAAACCUUUGGCCUCUAGUGUUAGACUCUCCUUCCCUGGGGAAAAGAUUGUGACCAUUCACCUUAUCUAUGUACCUCAUGAUUUUGUAUACCUCUACUAUACAGGUCACCACUCAAGCUCUGUUGUUAUUUAGUUUGAAGGGUGGUGAUUAAUCUGUACAUGUCAUUAUGAAAUGACAGAGGAAGUGAGAGGGUAGUUUUUACAAAUACCAGUUGCUUCAGAAUUUUUUUAAUUUUAAUUGCCAGGGAAUCCUCCUAGGACUACUGUACCAGUGUAUAUAUUUAAAAUCUACCAAUUGAAAACA